AUGCAUUCUACCCCAAAUGUCAAAUCAAGUUCGUACUUGACGUGGGAGCAAACAGUUCAAUUUCAGAUUUAUUUAAAAUCCAUGGAAUCGGACGAUUUUAAUGUUUCACAAAUCGAAGGUCUUUCAGAAGAUUCCAGCAAACUGUUAACAGAUUACAUUAAUAACUUAAAAGAGCAAAAACGAUCAAUCAGUGACGAUUAUGCAGCAUUUAAAGUAUCAACAGAACAACGAUUUCAUGAUUUAACGGUUGAUUAUGAACGUGUAAGAGAUAAGGUUGUUAAACAUGAUGAAAUUGAAAAUCAAUUGCGACAACAAAAUGAUGAAUUUCAACAAAAAUGCACAAAUCUGGAGAAUAAUUUAUCUACAGUGCAACAAACUGAAUUGGCACUCAAAACAAAAUUAGUGAGUCUAACAGUUGAUAUGCGAGGCGAUAAUUCUGUUGAACAAUUUCGUCAAAUUGAACAAGAAAAAGAUCGUCUAUCUAAUGUCAUUAACGAACAAGAGAAAGCAUUUUUUGAAUUACAAAAACAACGAGAUUUGUUAGAAGAAGAAAAUCGUCAAGUACAUAAUGCAAAUUUUACAACAAUAACAAAAUUACAAGAAUUGGAAAGUGCUAGUUCACAAUUAGAGAAUCGAGAGUUAAUUUGGGACAAGGAACGUCAAUUAUAUCAAACACAAAUUCAACAAUUAGAACAAACAUUGGUAGAAGCAAAACGACAAUCAAUUGAACAACAGACGAAAAUAAUGCAAUUAACCUGCCAAUUAGAAUCAGUUGAUUCAAAGUUUCAAGCACAGACUCGUUCAUUAGAUAUAUCAUUGGAAGAAAAAAAUACAUCAUUGUUAAAUAUUGAUCGACAAUUACGAGAAAAAAUUCAGAGAGUAGAACAGCUUCAAAGUGAUUUACAACGUACAACACGUCAAGCUGAAAAUCAAGACAUAACAACAGCAAAAACGAUUCAGUCACUUAAAUCUCAAAUUGACGAGUUAAUGAAAAAAAAUCAGAUUUUAAAUGAAAAAUGUGAUGAACAAAGUCAAACAUUAAUCAAGGUGUCUUCCGAACGUGAUGUAUUGAAGAAUGAAAUAAAGUCAUUAUCUGAAACGUAUGAACGACAAUCGAAUGAACACGGUAGUUCGGACGUUGCUCUACAAGAUUAUGCAAGUCCCAGCUCUCCAGCUAUGGUUGUUCGGACAGGGCUUGCUUUCCCCGAGCACGUGUCUAUCUCCGAGUAG